GUGACAGUUUUACUUUUUUUUAUACCGAUAUUUAUAUUUUUAGUAGGAACUUGAAUCUAUAUUUCUAAACGAAAGCAUUUAAUGAAUAUAUUGAUUAGAUUGGAAUAUUUAGUUCUCUCUAUCUUUAUAUUACUUAUACUUGUAACUUUUUUAAUAGGUCUAGAAACUUAUGUUAGCCUUAUUUUCUUGGUAGCUUCUGUGUGCGAAGGUAGUUUAGGAGUUGGGAUAAUAGUUGGAAUAGUGCGAUCACAUGGUUCCGACUAUAUUAGCAGUUUUAAUGUUUUAAAAUGUUAA